AUGUAUGGGGAUAAACUAGCCCGUGAGCUAGAAUCAGUGUCGCUGUCUAACGGGACUGUUACCCGGAGUAUCUCCGACAUGGCUAUGGAUGGUAGGACACUUCAAAGUCCAGUCUACAAAAAAAUGAAUUUGAAUGAAAACAGGAUUCCUAAGUAUACACUAGUCUGCUAUGAUUCAAUUAACAAUUCUUGUCCAAAACAACUCUAUUCUGUCAACAGUUCCUUAAUAUUAUAUAUAAUGAUGUGUAUAAUCAUUGUUGUGACUGUAUGUGGAAACCUCUUGGUUGUGAUUUCCAUAUCACACUUCAGACAGCUUCAUACUCCUACAAACUAUCUCAUCCUUUCUUUGGCACUUAUUGACUUACUGCUAGGGGGCUUUGUAAUGCCACCUCUCAUGGCCAGAAUUGCUGAAAGUUGUUGGUAUUUUGGUGAUUUUUUCUGCAAGUUUCAUCUCAGUUUAGAUAUAAUGCUUUCUACUGGAUCAAUUAUUCAUCUCUGUCUAAUAUCUGUUGAUCGUUAUUUUGCUGUGUGCCAUCCUUUAAGGUACAGAAAUAUUGUUACGGUCGUUUUAACAUUUAUCUUUAUUUUUAUUAGCUGGAUUCUGUCAGCUGUUCUUGGUUUUGUAAUUAUGUUUCUUGAGUUAAACUUAAGAGGAAUAGAAGAGCAAUACACAAGUACAAAAUGUAUGGGGAGCUGUUAUCUGAUGCAAAAUGAGGCAUCGAGUCUUGCAUCAUCAUUGUUCUCUUUUUAUAUCCCAGGUUUUGUUAUGAUAUGCAUUUAUCUAAAAAUCUUUACAGUAGCUAGAAGGCAGGCCAGGGCAAUAAGAGAAACAGGACAUCAAAGCCAGACGACUGAAGAAAAAAAACAAGCUGCAACAAGCAGAAGAGAAACAAAAGCUACAAAAACGUUGGCAAUUGUGGUAGGAGUUUUCCUUCUUUGCUGGUUCCCAUUUUUCUUGUGCAACAUCAUUGAUCCGCUUUUGAAUCAUUCUAUGCCACCUUUAUUUAUUGAACUGUUAGCCUGGUUUAGUUACAUGAACUCAACAUUUAACCCUUUUAUUUAUGGCUUUUUUUACAGCUGGUUCAGAAAAGCUCUUAAAUUAAUUAGAAGUGGCAAAAUUUUUGAAAGCAAUUCUUCUAGGACAAAGCUUUUAAAUGAUUAA